CUUCGACCAUUUCGUAUGCUGCACGCUUAUCGCUUGCUGAUCACCGAUUAAGAUGUCGCGACAAGCUUUUCGUGGCGCUUGCCGCGCACUCAGCGGGCUAGCAGCCCGCAGCGCUGUCGGAGUAGAGAGUCACGGGGCUGGGAGCGCUGUGGUGCGCUCUGUAGCUAGCAAUAUGCUUAGAGGCUCGAUUCUCUCGGCGCAGUCCACAGGCGCGUUUUCGUGUGGCGCGGCUGCGGUGAUGCCUAGCUUGCGCUCAGCGAACUCACUGCAUGGCAGCUUUGCAGCUUCGGCUGCAUUUUCAUCACCAAUUUCCACAACGACGUCAUGCUUGGAUGUUUCCCAGAACCAGGAGCGUGGGCUAUCGACAGAGGCCACUGGCGAGGGCGAGAGCGAGGACGACCCAACCUAUUUACGUGGCAUCAAAACGCAGAGCGGUCUAAGAAACUCCGACGGGGAUGAGGAGCCACCAGACCGCCGAAAAGCGUACGAGUUUGAGCCGGGGGGGCGCGGCCGUGGUGGCGGCGGCGGCGGCGGCGGAGCGCCGUUCCAGCGCCGACCGGCCGACGCGGCGGCGGCGGGCACGGACAUGCUAGAGCUGGUGGCGACGGCGCGGGAGCUGUUUACACGGAAUGUGGACUCGGGCUCAGGCGGCGGCGGCGCUGGCGGCGGCGGCGGAGGCGGCGGCGGCGUGGGCCCCCUGCCGCCGCUGCCUCGUGAGCUGCGCGAGGCGCUGUACGGGCACCGCUGGGACCGCGUGAUCGUGGACGUGCGCCGUACGCAUACGCCUGUUCGUGGCCGCGGCAAGCGCGAGGAGUACACAGCCAUGGUGGCCACCGGCAACAUGCGGGGCGUGUUCGGCCUGGGCAUCGGCGUGGCGGAGUCGGCGCAGCUGGCCACCGCCCGAGCCCACCUGGACAGCCUGUCGCGCCUGGCCGCCGUGCCGCUGUACCGCGGACACACGCUGUACACGCACGUGGACCACACCUUCCACCGCCUCAGCAUCCGCAUGAUGCCGCGCCCCGCCGGCUGGGGCCUGCGCUGCCCCGACCUGCUGUACGAGCUGUGCGGCCUGGUGGGGCUGCGCGACGUGUCCAUACGCGUGCGGGGGCAGCGCGGCAGCAGGUUCUUCGUGGCGCAGUGCUUCCAGGAGGCGCUGCAGAAGCAGACCACCCCGCACGACGGCGUGGAGGCCACCGGCAUGUACAUCCGCGAGGUGUUCCGGGGCGGGCCGGGCGGCAGGCUGCCCUGCGGCCUGAGGCGGGGCGUGGACGUGAUGUGAGCAGGAGGAGGAGGAGGGGAGGAGGAGGAGGAGAAUGGUUGCAAAGAUUGGUACAGAGGAGUGUAGGCGUAGGGGUGCGCGUACCGAGGGGGGAAGGCGGGGGUGUUUAGGAGAGUGGAGGAGGGGAGGGAAGGGGAGCACGUGUGGGGAGGGGUGAAAAGCACGCUCCCACAGACGUGUUUGCGAGUGGUGGGAAAGGGGGCAGAAUUGCGCUGGGGACUGAUGAGGCUGCUGUAGGAUUGAUGCGGGGCCUGGGGCGGCUGUCACUGUCGGUGGGGGGGUACUGACGUGUACUGCUCCUGCGCGGCACGGUGUGGAUAUGGUUACGUGACGGGAAGGGGCGGGUACUGCUAACAGAGAGCCAGACGAGCAGGGGGCAGGACGUCCAUACGUGUUUGCGGGCUGGCGGCGGACAUUCGUGGAGUUCGGUUUUUUUGAGGGUGGCACGGCAGAGAGGCAGUGACACAGAGCUUCUUGGGUGAGCGGCUUGGAGCCUUGGAGGAGCCAUUUGGUUUGGUAACAUGUUGUGUAACGGAUUACGGUU